AACUUUUCGAAGCGAGCGACAUUUUACUGAGCGCGAAUGAACGCUGAAACAAAACAGAUAGGUGAUAUUAAUAGGUUAAAAGGAGAAACAGCAUGAGAAAGAACGCAGGAAGUUUCGUAAAUUAUAAAAAAUUCCCAAACUCGUCGAACGAAAACGUUGACAAAAAGAGAAAUCGUCUAUCUGUUCGAAGAUCUUCUGAUCCAAUUGAAAAACAAGAGUUAACCAGAAAAGGAUCUUCCAAGAAGAAGUAUGCGAACAUCAAUUCAGACAUCCUUCCGAGAAAAAGAACGAGUACAAUCGAUGUUGAAAUACCGGUGAAUGAAGCAGGGAUUGGUGUAAUACUCGAAGGCGGUGCAGAAAACAAGCAUGACUCGUCCUUAUACGUAUCUGGGUUUAAACCCGGGAGCGCUGCAGAAAAGUCAAAAAAAAUUGGAAUCGGAGAUAAAGUAGUACAGAUUAAUAACAUCGACCUUCGGAAUGUAUCUAAGCUGGCAGCGAAUUCCAUUCUCCGUUCAUUUGAAAUCACAUCAAAAACACAACCAACGAGACACGUGAAAAUAACUCUCCAAAAGCGAGAGUGGAUAGUCGCGAAAAAUGAAGACGAUAACGCAAAAUUGGAUAUUGUGGAGAUGUCUAGUCGAGGGUACAACACUUUUGGUGAAGGUGGCAGUGGAGAAGAAUAUAAAAGUAUUGAUGAUGAGGAUAUGAGUGGUGAGAGGGGAACUUAUUUUAGAGAUGGAAAAAGAAAAAUCGAUUUUGUGUUAGUUUUUGCCGAGGAGGAAGACAAACAACCAGAUGCUAAACAUUUACAAUUUAGAGAGAAAUUUUUAAAUAAUUUGAAGAGAUCAAAUGUAGAAAUGGAAGAGGAAUUAGCUGAUGAUAAAUCAACGAAGGUUCAUUUUAUUAAAUGUCAUUGUCCCUUUGAAGUUUUGAAGUACUAUGCUGAAGAACUUUCUUUCAAGGCUCCGUUAGAAAGAAGAAAAACAGAUAAAGUUAAUUGGUCAGAAAGAAUGUUAAAUAAGUUUCAUUUGCCAAAUCCAUUCUAUGAGGUCAUUCCGAAUCAUCCUCCAGAUUACUUCACAGCUACUUUUCAGGGUGAUAAAUUCCAUUUGUUUAUUGGGAGUGAGAAUCCUGAAACGUAUUUUACCGAUACUGAAAGAACUCGUGUUUGUUAUGAAAUACUUGAGACUGCGCCUUACGGUAGAAGGCAAAAAGGGGAAAUUGGAAUUGAACGUCUUGUUUCUGAAGGAGUAUUUACUGCAGCAUAUCCUCUCCAUGUGGGCCCCCAUAAACGUCCUCGUGAGACAGGACCUGAUAAUCCUGGAGAUGAACCACAACUUAACCAAAGACAGAUUUUAAAAAUUUUCUGGGCUCGUUAUGUUAAGUGGAUUAGAUAUCAACCUCUUGAUCACAUCAGGGAAUACUUUGGUGAAAAAAUAGGAUUGUAUUUUGCAUGGCUUGGUCAGUACACUGCAUGGCUUUUACUACCAUCUUUUGUUGGAUUAUUAGUAUUUAUUUAUGGACUAGCAACAAUUAACUCACCUGAUAACAGAGACGCACUUGAUAUUUGUAACUCGCCAAAUGGUACCUACGUCAUGUGUCCUCGGUGUGAUGAACAUAUAGGAUGCAAAUAUUGGGACUUAAAACAGAGUUGUACAUUAGCAAAGGUGUCGUAUCUGUUUGACAAUGCUGCCACGGUAUUCUUUGCUGUGUUUGUUUCAUUUUGGGCUGUUUUUUUCUUGGAAUUUUGGAAGAGGAAAGAAGUUACUCUAGCUUACCAAUGGGACUGUCUGGAUUAUGAAUCUGAAGUUGAGCGACCACGUCCCACUUUUGCAGCAUUGGCACCGACUGUUGAAAGAAAUCCCAUCACUGGCAUUCCAGAGCCGCAUUUUCCAACUAAAGAGAGAGCACCAAGACUGUAUUCAGGAAUUUUAAUCAUAGUCACCAUGGUUUCUCUGGUCUUAAUUUUCAUGCUGGGUGUUAUUGUGUACAAGUUGCUUGUGUAUCGACCCCUAGCAAGGAAUCCCUUGACUGCUUCCAGGGCUUUACAAAUUGCAAAUAUAUCUGGUGCUGUUUGUAACUUGAUAUGUAUCAUGAUCCUGUCCAGGGUGUAUGAAAAAGUUGCUUUGGCGCUGACACAUUGGGAAAUGCAUCGAACACAAACGGAAUAUGAAGACAAUUUAACCUUCAAAGUUUUCGUUUUUCAAUUUGUGAACUUUUACGCCUCUAUUUUCUAUAUCGCCUUUUUUAAAGGGAAAAUGAUUGGAUACCCAGGGCAUUACACUCAGCUAUUUGGGCUCCGCAUGGAAGAGUGUGGUCCUGGUGGAUGUCUUAUAGAGCUUGCACAACAAUUAGUUAUUAUUAUGGUUGGUAAACAGAUCAUUGGAAAUGUGCAAGAAGUUAUGAUUCCAAUAAUUAAGCAAAAGUUGAAAAAGCGUAAACGAGGCAAGAAAACAGUUCAAACGAAACCAAGGUGGGAGGACGAUUAUGAAUUAGUUGAGGAUGAAGGAUUGUUUGCCGAGUACCUUGAAAUGGUGAUCCAGUUUGGUUUCAUCACAAUUUUUGUGGCUGCUUUUCCGUUGGCUCCAUUCUUCGCAUUGGCUAACAAUAUCUUUGAGAUUCGUAUCGAUUCUAAUAAGUUGCUAUGUGAGACGAGGCGACCAAUUGCUGAUCGCGCCCAAGAUUUAGGAAUUUGGUUUAAUAUUUUGGAUGCGGUGGCAAAGAUUGCGGUUAUUUCGAACGCUUUUCUAAUUGCUUUCACAUCAAACUUUUUACCGAAAUUAUUAUAUCGUUCCACCAUAUCGCCGGAUGGUUCACUAGAAGGUUAUUUAAAUUAUUCGCUAGCCACGUCACCACCAAAUACCACGGAUAAUCCGUGCAGGUAUCGAGAUUUCCGCGAUCCUAACGGCGAGAUGACGGCUUUUUAUUGGCAUCUGUUGGCGUUAAAGUUGGGCUUUGUUAUUGUGUUUGAGCAUUUCGUAUUCGCCACUCAUAAGCUGAUCGACUUUUUGGUGCCAGACAUACCAGAGGAGUUAGAUAUAGCCAUCAAGAGAGAGGCUUACAGGGCGAAGAAAGCUCUCUCAGAUCACCCGUCGCUGAUUGACAAUUCAGAAGACGAGUUAGAUGAAAAGAAUAUCGACAUCAAAGUACGGUAACCAUGCCGACGACGUUAUCCAUUGGUUGACACACAGUUUUGUGGUGGGCGCGAGUACUUAUUAUAUUGUAAAUAUAUUAACUAGUUUAUUGUAAAUAUAGUAACUAGGGACGCUAAAAGACAGGGAUAUAAUGUUUUAAGUUAAAAAAAACAACAAAUAUUUAAAUUGCGUGAAGACAAUAUUUUGAGUAAUAGAUACAAUGUACGUAGGUGUUGUUCAGUGUUCAUGCUCGUCCUGAUGUUGUUGUUCGUUGUUGUUUUUUGUUUUGUAAAUAUCUUUAUUUUUUUAUGCACGUUCUCUUUAAUCACCAUUUUAUUUUAUUAGUAAUUUUUUUAAGCCUUUUUGUAUUCGUCUGGGGUGUGUCGGAAAUUAUUUAUUUUUUUAUGUUGUGAGUUGUGUUCACUGAACUAAACUAUCACUCGGCUUUUUCACGUCCUUUCGUUGCCACUAUUUACGGUCAGCGUUAUUCUAAAAUUAAGCUGCGUACUCAGUUUACUGGUAUAUUUUCUAAAAUGUUCAUCAUUGUUCUUGUUUAAUGAAUAUAAAUGUACCACA